GUACAGUGAUGAACGAAAACAGGAUAAGGGUAGUAGUGCACGUUUGUCCGUCGAUGAUUUACCUCAACUUAUAAAUUUACUUGUAAAUAUAAACUUUAACUGAACUCAUAGAAUUGUACUCGAAACAUACAUAUCAUAUUAAAAUAUUUUCAAUUUUAAACUCAUUACAAAUGUUGACGUAUAUCGACGUCCAUCUUAUUUACACUCUCUCAGUCAUAGUAGUGUUGACAUUAAUAACAUGGCCGUUCAUAAGUCGAUUCGAACUAUUCAAGAUUAUAUUUAUAAGUACAAUGGCAUUUGUUUACACAACACCAUGGGAUAACUACAUUAUUUUUAAUAACGCUUGGAUAUACUCCAAUGAAAAAAUUUUAGCUGUAAUUGGUUAUGUUCCACUCGAAGAAUAUAUGUUCUUUGUUAUACAAACUAUUAUGACUGCAUUAUGGACUGUCGUUUGCACUAGAUGGUCACCCGCCUGCUUUAAUUUUAACUUUAAUCAGAAUAGUUAUAGACUAAUACGUUGGAUACCAAUAAUGAUUUUGAUGCUAGUCACAAUCAUAGGUUAUAUUAUUAGUAUUCCAGGGACACAAACGUUUUACUUGGGAUGCAUAUUAUGGUGGUCUUGUCCAGUCAUUAUGUUUUUGUGGUAUGGAGUGGGUAAUUACUUAGUGAAAAAACUGACGACUUCAUUAAUUGCGAUCCUAGUACCUACAUUGUAUUUAUGUUGGGUUGAUCAAAUUGCACUUAAAGAAAACGUUUGGCAUAUCAAUGAGAAAACUUCUUUGAAGAUAUUUUUAGCCGAAGAUCUACCAUUUGAAGAGUGCUUAUUUUUCCUUAUUACCAAUAUUAUAAUUGUUUUAGGUUGCUUUGCGUUUGAUAAAGCUUAUGGUGUUACUGAUACUUAUACCAUCGAGUUCCCAUGUCGUUUUGGUGUGAAUAGUGACUACAUUUUACAGCAGUAUAAAAAUUUUGCUGUAUCGGAAUAUACUAUGUCAUCACAGGUGGUUAGCGAUAUUAAGCAAUGUUUUGAAGUUUUAAAAAAAGCAUCUAAAUCGUUUAACUUGGCCAGCUUUGUGUUUCCUACAGGAAUUCGAUUGGACUUGAUGAUUUUGUAUGCGUUUUGCCGUGUUACUGACGAUAUGAUUGACAAUGAACAAGAAAAUAAAAAGAAAUUAAAAUUAAAGUUAAUAACAAAAUUUGUUGAUGAAUUGUUUGCGGGUCGAAAGUCAGAUUAUGAAGUCGAAACAAAGCCAUAUAUUGUACCAAUCUGCUGGUCCCAAUAUGAAUCCGAAUUGUCAGACGAAGAAAUGGCUUGUUUUCGAGCCAUAUCUAGGAUAUCAUUUUAUAUGCCACGAAAACCGUUUUAUGAAUUAAUCGAGGGAUACAAAUGGGACAUGGAGGGUAAAAAAGUAAAAAACGAAGACGAUCUUUUAUUGUAUUCAAGUUACGUAGCAGGUAGCGUAGGUACCUUAUGCGUAUAUAUCAUUUUGUAUAAAACUGGAGAUCAAAAGUUGGAUCAAAAGCAACACGAAUAUGUGAUUGAAAAAGCUAAACAGAUGGGACGGGUUUUACAAAUUGUCAACAUAUCUCGAGAUAUAGUAACUGACAGUGAAACUUUAGGACGUUGCUAUGUUCCUUCUGAGUACAUGGACGAUGAAGACGAAGAAAUAAAAAUUCUUUGUGAGAAAAAAACUCCAUGGGAAUUGGGGAAUAAAAAAUUGAAAAAAUAUGCAGCAAGGAUGAUUCAGCUAGCUAACCGACACCGAGCUGAGUCACUAAGAGGUAUAAAGAGUUUACCGUAUGAGGCUCGUGGUCCUAUUUUAGUGGCCACCAACAUUUACCAGAGUGUAGCUACAGCUGUUGAAGAUAGUCCAACCUACCCUAAAAGAGCUUCCCUUAAUGUAUGGAACAAAAUUCUAGUCACAAUUACAUCACUUUAUUUUAAGACUUUAAAAUAUUGCACCCUAUCUAAGUGUAGAUUUAAUUAUUAAUUAAAAUGACUCAUUGUACAAUGAUAUCCUAGACUAUUAAAAAUACUUUAUUUAUUUAAUUUUAUAUAAAUUUAAAAUUAAAAUGAACUGAAAAUUAUAUCCCUCAUAACUUAGAUUCAUUUAAAAAUUGUUGAAGAUGUCAGCCAAAUAGACAAUCAAUUUUUGUAAAAUUAUUAUUUAAAAUAGAUUCAGAAAUAUUUUUAUAUCAUAUUUACAAUACUUUAUAUUUGAUACGUUUAACUAAUGAAAAUUAAAAUGAUGUACUUUAUUAUUAAGUUGAGCAAAAUAUUAGAAGGUAAUGUUUUUAUUAAUUUAAUAUGUUUAUUUGAUGGGACCAAGAUAAUACCCUUAAUUUCUUAUCAUUAUACUAAUGUGCUUUGUAUUUGUAUUUGUAUUAUAAAUUACAUAAACUAUUGUUUGUAUACGAAAUAAUUUUGUCAUGUACUGCAAAAUGUACACUUUAAUAAGAAAAUCACAAUUACACAUUUUUUAUUACUAAAACCUAAAAAACAAAAAAGAAAAAUUUCACAUUCUAUAUCUGAAUUAUGAAGAGGAAAAUAUCUUUGGACCUUAAUUUUUAUUGGCCAGAAAAUAAGCAAAAAAAUGAAUCAAUAGGAAGGUAUAAUUAAAAUUUUAAUCCGUUGACAUAAACAAAUUUUUAAAAAUCUAAUAAAAUACUUUAGAAGAGAACCUUUUU